AUGAAACAGUUUGCUGUUCUAUUGUGCAUAGCAGCUCUCGCUGCAGCCGCCCCCCAAGGCUACAAGUACCAGCCACAGGGCCCUGCGCUUCCCAUCGGCAAUCUGCGUCCGCAGACGCCCCUGUCCCCUAGUGGAAUAUACUCAUCCGCUGCCGGCCCUGCCCUGGGACAGAUCACCGUGCAGUCCCAGCAGCCAGCUAUCCAAACCGUGCAGACUAGUGCCCCCAUUCCUGUGUCCCAGCCCCAGGUUCAGCAGACAUUGAUCAACUCUCUGCCACAGCAGACCGUGUUCAAUACCGUGCCCCAGCAGAACCUGAUCCACAAUAUCCAGCAUCAGCCCCAACAGAUCCAACAGAUCCAGCAGAUCCAGCAUCAGCCCCAACAGAUCGUGCAGACACAGUACGUGCAGCGUCCCGCUAUCGUCACCAAGGACAUUUACAUUCACUCCGCCCCCGAUGAGACCGAGGAGAUCCGCCAGGACGAGCCCCAGCUCGACAGCCUGCCCAUUCGCAAGAACUACCGCAUUGUGUUCAUCAAGGCGCCGUCUCAGAACCUGAAAUACACCGCCGCCGCUCUGAAACGCGCCCAGUCGAGCAACGAGGAGAAAACCGUCAUCUACGUGCUGUCGAAGAAGCCAGACCUCACCGAGAUCCAGCAGCAGCUGCAGGUCACUCAGACAGAGUCUAAGGUGCACAAGCCCGAGGUCUACUUCAUCAAGUACAAGACCCAGGAGGAGGCUCAGCGCGCUCAGCAGGAGAUCCAGGCUCAAUACGAUGCUUUGGGUGGCGCCACCCAUAUCUCGGACGAAGGCGUUGCCCCCAUCACCAGCGUCUCGGGUGGCUCCCUCAACCUGGGCCACAUCUUGUCCCAGGUGCAGGCGCCAAGCAUUGUCCAGCAGCAGCAGCAGCCCCAGAUCCAGACCAUCGUUCAGCAGCAGCAGCAGCAGCCCAUCCUGCAGCAGAAUUCCUAUGUGCAGCAGACCUCCUCCUUUGCAUCCAGCGUGCCGUCAAGGAAGUAUGUGCCGGCGAAGAGCUUCAAAUGA